GCUUGCAACAUUGUAGCAGCGAUGCCGGGCGCUCGCGGGUUGGUGCUGGGCGCGCUCUGCCUGCUCGGCGCCCUCGGCCGCCCGCCCGCCGGGCGCAGGGAGGUAUCCAUGCACUUCAACCCCGGCUGGAACGACUCCUCCGUGAACCUGCUGCACGUGCAAGCUGUGGAUGCCAACAGCACGCUGCACUACGUGUGGAGCAGCCUAGGGGUGCCUGCCGUGCUGCUGCUGUACACAGAGAAUGAGCACAGCACCCUGCACAUCAACUGGCCCCAGCUUCUCUCCCCUGACCCCGCCGGGGCCAUCUGGGUAGAGCCGCCCAGCAGUGUCCUCCAUGCCAGCGCCGUGGUCUUCACCAAGCUAUUCGAGUAUGAUGGGGCCAAUGCAUCGGGCCCAGCCCGCGCGCUCUUCUAUCCACCCUACGACCUGGCCGCCUUCUCUUGGGACAGUGUGAACCGGACCCUGAACCACACGGCCCUGACGGCUGCCUUCCGGGGCACGGGCCCCCCCGGGACCUUCCACAACGGCAGCAUCGCCUUCCAGGUGACGGCGUAUGAGGAGAGCAGCCGGGACAGGCGCCUACCGGGGCUGCUGCACACGGCCAACAGCUCCAAGCUGGAGUUCGUGAUGGAUGGGGUGGCCCCACGUGGCAACAGCUCCCGCUUCGUGCUGGAGAUGGUGAUGGUGGAAGGGCCCGGCAGACACCGGCGCCUGGAGUCCGCGCGCUCCAUCGAUGAUGAGUACACGCCCACCAUCUUCGAGAUGGUGCAGCUGGUGUCAGAGCCGCAAGGCACCCACGCCGGCCCCGGCUUCCUGCAAUGGAAGACAACGGCGUAUGGGGCCCGUGAGGCCAAGCGGGAGAAUGGGAUCCGGUGCCGCUACUCUCCUCUGCAGGCGGUCAAUGGGACUCUGCUGGGGCCCAGCAUUGCACAUGCCUACUUUGGAAAGGACGUGGGUGGCCUGGCUGCCAUCAAUAUCUCCUUCGGGGGUGAGGAUGGCGAGAUCUAUGCGAGCACUGGCUAUCUUAGCUGGUCCGUGCUGCUGGGCUUUGGCACACCCCCUGAGGAUGCCUUCUCCCCGCUCGUGGUGGCCAUCAUGGCAGUGGCGCUGGGCACCCCAGUUGUGCUGCUGGUGGCAGGGGCCAUCGUGGUACUGUUUUUCCAGAAGAAGCGCUACUCGGAGUACGAGCCUAUCAACUGACCACGGGCUGGGCCCACGGACCCCCAUGUGCAGACCUCUCCCUCUCCAUAGGCCGGAUGCCUCCCGGGAAACAGUGCAAUACUCCAUACAGGCGACCCCUGUACCUGAAUGCCCCGUGUUUAACUGGGCUCUCAGAUGCCUUGAGCAACAAUCAUUCCCCUUUACCCCACUUCAUUCUCCUUUGGAAGCAGUCCCCUGCAGAGCUCCCAGGGCUGGGGACCAGCCGGCUCUAGCCUGAGAACUUGGGGGCGAUGCCUGGCACCUCCAAGCCAGUAUCCCCAGCAUCUCACUCAGUGUUUGCCCCCAGCUGGGGGGACAGUUCCUAGGUGCUUCCAGUACCCCUGGGCUGGGCUGGAGCUGUCUGCUUAGAGCUGGAGAGCAUGUCAUUAGCUUCUACAAGGAUAAACCACUAACAACCUUGGGACCAGUUAAGAAAGACAAAGUUUCAGUCUACUGAGCUGGUGGGGUAUGGCUGUGGCCCCCUCCCUGGACCCUGCUGGCAUCGGAAGGCAGCUGGGGACAAGAUGGAGCCUGUGAUGGAUCUGAGCACCCGUGUCCUUUUUGCCUUUCACCCUGCCAGAACUAUUGGGAUCACAAGCUGCCUUCCCUACCGCCAGUCGCAGCUCGUGGAGGAGCUAAUGACUGCAGUAUCUUAGUCUUGAGGGGCCUGAUCAUUUUAAAGCAAAUGAUGGUUUCCUGGCACCGCACAAAGCAGGCUUCGGCGCAGCACCUUGAAUCCUAUCUCUUCUGCCCAGCGGGGGGAGGUCUCCUAUUGGGGCAGAGGGUGGUGCAGUGCCCUGCUGUCGCCUCCCACCUGCUUAGCAUCUCCCCCAGACCCUCUCUGGAUGUCUCUUUUAUACUUGAAAUGGUUCCCUAUGCCCUUGCCAAGGGGCGGGGGGCACACAACCUUGGUAUGUCAUGACAGUAUCAGGUCACCUGGGGGCACUUGCCCUCUGAUCUCACAGACCAAUUAAAGGAUGGGUUGGAUUUUUUUUUUUAAGA